AAAUUUGUAAAAUCCACCAUUUGAAAGUAUUCGUAUUAACUUUUAAUGUUUCGUGAUAAAAUAACCCAUCCCAUAGCUAGUCUUUCACAUAAUAAAAAUUCAUAAACCUUAUUUUUUCAUCUUAAUCAAAUCCUUAAGCAGGUGCUCCAUAAUAACUUUCAUUAGAGCUAAAUUGAAGAACAAAAGAAACUUUUCUCUCAAUCUUUCUCUCUCCUACAAGCCAUGGAUGAAGAAUUGCUGGAAUUGCAGAAACAGUUCGAAUUCGCUCAACAAGCUAAAUCAAGUAUCCGAUUAUCUGAUAGAAAUGUCGUCGAAUUGGUUCAGAAACUUCACGACCUUCAAAUCAUCGAUUUUGAUCUCCUCCACACUGUUUCCGGCAAAGAAUACAUUACUCCUGAACAAUUACGCUUGGAAAUAUGUUCUGAAGUAAAGAGGCUAGGGCGUGUUUCUUUGAUUGAUCUUACCGAUAGUAUUGGUGUUGAUUUAUAUCAUGUAGAGAGACAGGCUCAAGUUGUAGUGUCUGAUGAUCCUGAGCUUAUGUUAAUUCAAGGAGAAAUUAUUUCAAAAUCUUAUUGGGAUACUAUGGCUGAAGAAAUUAAUGAAAGACUUCAGGAAUGCAGUCAGAUUGCCGUGGCUGAGCUUGCUGCACAAUUACAAGUGGGUUCUGAGCUGAUAUCAUCAAUGUUGGAGUCACGGCUUGGGACUUUGAUUAAAGGUAGACUUGAAGGUGGGCAACUGUAUACCCCUGCUUAUGUUGCACGUGUAAAUGCAAUGGUUCGCGGUGCUGCAAGGGGUAUAACAGUUCCAAUGAAUUUGUCAGCCUUGUGGAGCUCUUUGCAGCAGUUACUACAGGGAAUGGAUGGUGCUACUGGUGUGGCUGUGGACAACUCAUUUUUCCAGACAUUGUUCAAUGGGUUGCUGAAGGAAGUGGAAAUCCUUGGUUCUCUUCGUGCUGGAGUUCACUGGACACCCGCUGUCUUUGCUUCAGCUCAGAAGGAAUUUGUGGAUUCUUUCCUUUCACAGAAUUCCUUCAUAAGCUAUGACUCUCUUCAAAAAUUAGGAAUACCCCAGCCCAUGCAAUACUUACAGUCCAGGUAUCCUGAAGGCAUUCCUUUGGUAACCAUGUUUAUUCACCCCUCAAUGAUUGAGAUGCUAGAUGCAGCUAUAGAGGAUGCGGUUGAACGUAAUAGCUGGAUUGAUUCUCUUACAGUGUUGCCCUCUUUAUGUGACUCACAAGAUGCAUAUAAGAUUUUGUCCUUGUGCCCAUCUGUACAGUCUGCACUCAAGUCCAACAGAGCACUCAUUGUGGGAGAGUCCUAUGUCCUUAGCGAUGGCUUUAUAAAGGAUGUCUUCACUCGACUAGAUAAAGAGAUGCAAACCACUAUUCCUAUAUCUUCUGCUUCCAAAAUAGAUGAUGAGAAACAUCCAAUCAAGGAAAGCAAAGGUGGGAAUGACUCAGGUAGAUUAUCUGAGUUAAAUGAUGUCAGUACUGAGUGCGGAAAUAGACCAGCCAUGGAGAGAGGUUCAAAGAAGAAGAAAGGAAAAUCUUCAGGGAAUCCUAGGAGUUCUGCCUCUGAAAGUGAUCUAAAUAAGCAAGAACCUAUUCCUUCGAAAUCUAAGAGAAACCAGAGAAAAGGCAAAGAUUCUUCUGUUUCACAUGUUUCAGAGUCAAAAAGAUCAAAAGAGGAUAGUGUUGGUGCUCCUUCAGAGGAGUGGAUAAUCAAUAAAGUAUUGGCUUUGGUUCCUGAGUUUGAAGAGCAAGAUGUGGAUGAUCGUGAGACAAUUCUUAAACCCCUGGCAAAUCAGUUGAGGCCUAUGCUGGUCACUUCAUGGAAUGAAAGGAGAAGGGUAAUGUUAGCUGAAAAUUCAGAUAGAAUGAAACGCGUGCUUGAUAACUUGCAAAAGAAGCUUGAUGAGUCUUAUAUGAACAUGCAGCUUUAUGAAAAAGCAUUGGAUUUGUUUGAAGAUGACCAAGCAACAUUUGUUGUAUUACACAGACAUUUGCUUAGAACUACUGGAGCCUCAAUUGCUGACAUGCUUUUAUUUAACUUGGAUGUCUACAACAAAUUGAAGAAUGGAAUUCCAGUAGAAGAAUCGCAAAAUUCAGAGUCUGUGUCUCUCAGUUCUGGUGAAAGGACUUCCAUUGCAAAGAGUUUGCAUGGUUCACUUUCAGUCAAGGCUGUCGCUUUGGUGGAAUCUGUGGAAGGAAAGCAAAUGGAUAUUUUCAUGACUGCAUUGGCAACAUUGGUGGAAGAAAGUGGAUUAUUUUUGAAGAAACUUGAUAAGAAAUUGGAAAAGGCACUAUUGCAUUCGUAUCGCAAGGAUCUCACAUCUCAGGUAUCCAUGGAAAAUGACCCAGUUUUACUUCUACCAAAAGUCGUCUCUUUGCUUUAUUUGAAGAUUCAUAAUAAAGCUCUUCAGGCUCCAGGAAGAGCCAUGUCUAUUGCUGUUUCUCGGUUGAAGGAUAAGUUGGAUGAUUCGGCUUUCAAAACCUUAAUGGACUAUCAUUCUGCAACGGUGGCACUUUUAUCAAUAUUGUCAGCAUCUACUAAUGAUGAAGACGACUGUGCAUCAGACAGGAUUGCAACCAAGAAGGAGCUUCUGGAGAGCCUGAUGCCAACACUGAAAGGUUUAGUUUUGGGAAGUACAAUUACCCAACCUCAGGUUGCUAGCUGAUCACUCUGACGUACAUGGUCAUUCUAAGAAUCAGAUUGGAAAGAAAGGGAUUUAUAAAAUUACAAAGACUUGCGCAGUAGCAAAAGCCACAGAAAAACCACUACCUAAUUACUCCACAACGCAUUGCAAAUACUCUUUAGCAUUGUAUUAAUCAUGCAGCUUUUAGGGUAUUUAGCAAAUAUUGUACAUUAGCAUCUACUCCGUAGUUAUAAAAUAUUGACUUGGAAGCUUAGAUUAAUAUCCUUACUAAUAAAGUGAAAGCAUCAACGUUCCCUUUGCA